CUGUAAAAAGUGAAAAUACCGAAAGCGAGAAAACGGAGGGGAGAUCCUCCACGUAAGAAGAGGUAAGAAGAACAAGAAGGAAGAAGAAGAGAGGUUGACACAGAGAGAGGGAGAGAGCGAUAUCAUCGGCGACAGAGAAGGGAGGAGCGCCGCCGACGGAAAGAGAAGCCGACGGGGAGACUGACACAUGGCUACGCUUCAGACAUGGAGAAAGGCUUAUGGCGCUAUCAAAGAUUCCACCAAAGUCGGUCUUGCCAAAGUUAACAGCGAAUUCAAGGAUGUGGAUGUUGCGAUCGUCAAAGCUACCAAUCAUGUCGAGUCCCCGCCGAAGGAGAGGCAUCUCAGGAAAAUCUUGGCGGCCACAUCAGUGAUGCGGCCCCGAGCGGAUGUUGCCUACUGUAUACGUGCCCUUGCCAGUCGGUUGGCGAAGACGCACAACUGGACGGUGGCACUAAAAACUCUAAUAGUUAUUCAUAGAACCUUACGGGAGGGUGAUCCUACCUUCCGGGAAGAGCUUUUGAAUUUCUCUCAGAGGGGACGCAUUCUCCAGCUAUCUAACUUCAAAGAUGAUUCAAGCCCUAUUGCUUGGGAUUGCUCUGCCUGGGUUCGUACAUAUGCACUAUUUUUGGAGGAAAGAUUGGAAUGCUUUAGGAUUUUGAAAUAUGAUGUUGAAGCUGAACGUCUCCCAAGACCUGCUCAAGGACAGGAGAAGGGCUACAGUAGAACCAGGGAUUUGGACAGUGAAGAACUGCUGGAGCAAUUGCCAGCUUUGCAGCAACUGUUGCAUCGUCUUAUUGGAUGCCGGCCAGAAGGAGCAGCUAUUGGUAAUUAUGUAAUACAAUAUGCCCUUGCUCUGGUACUGAAAGAGAGCUUUAAAAUUUAUUGUGCUAUUAACGAUGGCAUCAUUAAUCUUGUUGAUAAGUUCUUUGAGAUGCCAAGACAUGAAGCUAUGAAAGCCCUUGAUAUCUAUAAACGAGCUGGUCAGCAGGCUGGCAGCCUUUCUGAUUUCUAUGAAGUUUGUCGGGGACUGGAGCUUGCUCGGAAUUUCCAAUUCCCAGUAUUGAAGGAGCCUCCACAGUCAUUUCUUGUAACCAUGGAAGAAUAUAUAAAAGAAGCACCAAGCAUGGUUUCAGGUCCAAGGGAGACACUGGAAUUACCAGAGAGACUCCUUUUGACAUACAAACCAGAAGAAGUUCCUUCUACUGUUGAUGCAAAACCUUCUGUUGAUGACUCCAAUCCACUGCCUUCUGAUGAUGUUGCUUCUUCAAACACUGAUGUGGCUGCUGUUCCCCCUCCUCCCGACUUCCUGGAUACUGGAGAUCUUCUGGGAUUAAAUGCUACAAAUCCUGAUGCGUCUGCAAUAGAGGAAAGUAAUGCAUUGGCUCUAGCUAUUGUCCCAUCAACUAGCAUUUCAUCCCAUGACAAUGGUACUGUACAAGCAAAAGAUAUUGAUCCUACUGGAUGGGAGCUUGCUCUGGUUACUACUCCAAGCAGUAACAUUUCAUCAGUAACUGAAAGACAAUUGGCUGGUGGAUUGGACACGCUUACUCUCAAUAGUUUGUAUGAUGAUGGUGCCUAUAGAGCAGCCCAGCAGCCUGUUUAUGGAGCCCCAGCUCCAAACCCAUUCGAGGUACAGGAUCCAUUUGCAAUGUCUAACAAUGUGGCUCCCCCUCCAGCUGUUCAAAUAGCUGCAAUGGCUCAGCAACAGUCAAAUCCCUUCGCACACUAUCAGCUUAACUAUCCACAGCAGCAGCAACAGCAACAGCAUUUGAUGAUGGGCCCAUCAAAUCCUUUUGGUGAUACAGGUUUUGGUGCCUUCCCUGUGAACCCUGUACUUCAUACUCAGAACAAUAAUCCAUUUGGAAGCACGAGCCUUCUGUAGUUGCAUUACAUGAUAUCUAUAUUGUAACAUACCGGCGCCCUUUAUUGGGGCAUAGGUUGCAGAUGAGUAUGCAGAGCUAUGGUGUCUUUUUAUCCAUGUCAUUGGUCUGCUUCAUGAGUCAAUAUAUUUGUUUUGGACCAUAGAAGAUAGGUCAUAUAUUUGGGUUAUAGAAGAUGUAAGAUUCAGAAAUUCUGUAGUUGAUACAUUGUCCCCAUUAUAUUGCUGUAAAGUAAACUCUUGUCAAAAUCUACAUUUUCAACUUGUCCAAAUAGAUCAAAAGCUGGAAGUGGUAACAAGAAUUUUACUUGAUAGAUA